ACCACAUGACGGUCACAUGAGUUGUGAACAAAAUGGCAGACGGACGAGCCUGCUGUCGGGCUGCAAUUGUCCUGACCGUUUUUAUCUGUUAUGCGAAAGGAGAGUUUAUGCAAGGUUCACUGUAUGUAAACGCACCUAUGAACUUUACCUUCAAGUCUGACACACUGGACACCAAGAAUGCAGCAGCCUACGCCACUUAUAAUGAUACAUUGUUAACCACUGGCUGGGGAGUUCUGGAUAUUAAAGCAGGAUAUGGAAAGACACUGCCGGACAACCAACUUAUGUUUGCAGCAGGUGCUAUCGAAGGGGUUCUUACUGCAAAGCGAAUGUACCAGCAUUAUACAAAUAUGUAUGGUGUCUUUCUCAAUGGCAAAAGCGACAAAGUUAUAGAUGGUUUGAAGAGCUUUUAUAAUGCUCAAGAUAAAUGGAUCCGACAGCAGAUAGAAAAAAAUCUCUCAGAUCCAUUCUGGAGACAUGUGUGGUACAUACUCUGUCAGCUGGAUGGCUUGUACCUUGGGUAUAAAUACAUGGCAGAUCAAAAAGUGGUACCAGAUAUAGGAUUUUUUGGUGUCCAAUUUCUAAAUGGUGCUGGAGAUCUCCUUGACUUAAUGAACGUCAUUGAUCCAGAUAGCAGACCAGACUUCUCUAAGAUGACUCCAGAUGAAAUCCAGAGUUAUAUUGCAUCUAGUGGACAUUGUUCAGCUUUGGUGAAGGUGACAGGUGCCUAUGAAAAUAUUUUUAUGUCACAUUCAAGCUGGUUUGUCUAUGCAGCAACCCUUAGGAUCUAUAAACAUUAUGAUUUCAAUGUCAGAGACAAAGACACAGCAGCAAGACAGCUGUCCUUCUCAAGUUACCCAGGCUUCCUAGAAUCUCUUGAUGAUUUCUACAUAAUGGGCAACAAUAUUGUUGUCCUCCAAACUACAAACAAUGUCUUCAACAUGAGUUUGUAUGACUAUGUCAAGCCACAGUCAGUGUUUGCAUGGCAAAGAGUCAGAGUGGCAAACAUGAUGGCAAGAAAUGGCCAGCAGUGGGGGGAAAUAAUAAACACUUGUAAUUCUGGAACAUACAAUAAUCAGUAUAUGGUGAUCAAUUUGAAUCAAGUCCAUCUUGGCAAAAGUUUGGAUGAUGGAACUCUGUAUGUGGUGGAACAGAUUCCAUCUCUAGUCAAGUAUGCAGACGUCACUCCAAUUCUUAGAGAUGGUCACUGGCCAUCCUACAAUGUUCCAUUCUUUGAGUCUGUAUACAACUUGAGUGGAUACCCUGACUUUGUAAGGCAGCAUGGCUUAGACCGUUCCUACCAGAUGGCACCAAGAGCCAAAAUCUUUAGAAGAGAUGCUGGUAAAGUCACAGAUAUGGACUCCAUGAUGAAAAUAAUGAGAUACAAUGAUUACCUCCAUGACCCAUACUCUGACAAGAAACCAUGUAAUGCCAUUUGCUGCCGUGGUGACUUGGAUCCCAAAAAUCCAAAGGCUGAUGGAUGUUAUGACACAAAAGUGACAGAUUUUGCCAUGGCUCAAAAGAGAAUGUCCUAUGCCAUAAGUGGGCCAACGCUGGGAACAGGACUGCCACCUUUUGUAUGGUCUCCAAAGUUUAAUGUUUCACACAUUGGACUGCCACCCAAGUACAACUUUGGCUUUGUUAUGAUGCAUCCAAGGUUUUAGGGAUUUCAGCAACAUUCAGCGUUACUUCAAUUUAAUUAAUUGAUUAAUUUUGAGAAGUCAUAUCUUAUUCAGUUGUCAGCCAGCUGUGAAUGUCUAUGCUAUGUCUUGUUAUAAAUGGAGGAGGCAAAGUAGCACUGCUAUAGUCCCAGCAAUAUUUGCUUUAAUAUUUUUUUCAAAACACAGCUGGUUUUCUGAUAUUCUUUUCUGGACUAUUCAUGAGAGUAUUCAAAAAAAAAAAUUGGCAUUCAAAUAAUUAAUUUAGAAGUCAUUUAAUGUUUUUAAAAAAAUUUUGCCAUUUUCAAAGAAUAUACUUAUUGAAAGAUUAAACUGUGAUAAAGUGUUUUAAAUGGCAACACUUUGCAAAAGCAUAUUUUACUAUAUACUUACCUCUAAUAAAAUGAUAUUUA